AGUAAUGAAUUGAAGUUUCUAAUAUAGCCUGCUCCAACUCCAAGCCAACGUGCAUGGUCUUGAAAUUUCAAAUUGAUUAAGAUUAUAUGAUAUAAUUUGUAUGUAUGCACAUAAUCAUGUACUUUCAGUAUCAAGUAUAAAAGCCAACGUGGGCUUGACCAAAAAUAAAACAAAGAAAAGCCAACAUGAGUUUCUAAUAUGGCCUGCUCAAGCCAACGUGUACAAAUUGUAUCAAAUUAAUUAAGAAUAUAUAUAUACUUCAUUAUUAUAAUUUAAAAAAGAUUUAUCACUGUAGAAAACGUGGAUCAUGUUUCAAAUUAAAAAUAGGCUAAUAUUAUAGAGGCAACAUCUCUUGGAAGUUUAUUAUAAAUAUCUACAAGCAGAAGUGAGCAUAUAUCAUUCCCAACUCAAAACCUUAGAGCUGAAGUGAUUAAUUAAUUAAUUAAUUUGAAGUAUGUCUCUCGUAGCAGAUUUUCAACCUAGCUUCAAUCCUAAUACCAAAACUGCUUUGGAUAGAAAUGUUGCAGAUUUUCAACCUAGCUUUUGGAGAGAUUAUUUCGUUCAAUAUGCUUCUGAAUCUAUGGAACUUGAUCAAAAUAUGCUCGCACAAAUUGAGCCACUCAAAAAAUAUGUGAGGGAUAUGCUAGUCCUAAAGACAGAUAAUCUCAUGACAAAAGUUCACUUGAUUGAUUCAAUAUUCCGCUUAGGUCUGAGCUAUCAUUUCGAAAAUGAGAUUGAAGAGGUUUUUCAACAUGAGAUUCACAACAAUUAUGUUCAAAACGGAGAAAUAAUAACUUUUGAAGAAGAUGAUCUUAACUCUCUUGCUGUGCUAUUUAGAUUGUUGAGGCAACAAGGAUUUCACGUUUCACCAAAUGUAUUCAAGAAAUUCAAAGAUGAAGAAGGAAAUUUUAGUGAAAGACUUAUAGGAAAUGUUGAAGGGAUGUUAAGCUUGUAUGAAGCCACACAUCUUAUGGUUCAUGGAGAGGACAUUUUGGAAGAAGCCUUGUCCUUCACUACCACUCAUCUUGAGUCCGUUGCCAAACUGAGUCAUUCUCUUGCAAUACAAGUCAAACGUAGCUUAAGGCAAACUGUUCACAAGAAUAUGCCAAGGCUGGAGGCACGGAGUUAUAUUUCCAUAUAUGAGCAAGAUCCUUCACACAAUGAAAAUUUGCUCAUCUUGGCAAAAUUAGAUUUUAAUAUGCUCCAACGACUACACCAAAUUGAAUUUGGCAACGUUUCCAAAUGGUGGAAAGACUUGGACGUGUGUAAUAAACUACCGUUUGUACGAGAUAGGAUUGUUGAAUGUUGUGUUUGGGGUUUGGCGGUAUAUUUUGAACCUCAAUAUUCUAGUGGAAGAGUUCUUAUGGCAAAAUUAAUCAUGAUAAUGACAGCAAUUGAUGAUGCAUAUGAUGCAUAUGGAACAAUCGAUGAAUUAGAACUUUUUACUGAGGCAAUUGAAAGGUGGGACAUGAGUUGUUUAGAUAAACUUCCAGAUUACAUGCAGAUUCUUUAUAAGAUAUUCUUUGAUUUUUACGAAGGAAUUGAGCAACAAAUGAAAAAUGAUGGAAGAUUAUAUGUCAUGAAAUACUACAAGAAAGAAUUCAAAAAAUUCAUUCAAGGUUAUAUAACUGAAGCCAGAUGGUUAAACAAAAAAUACCAACCAACUUUGGAAGAAUACUUUCGAUUAGCAAUCGAGUCUGGUGGCUAUGUACUGAUGACAACGACUUGUUACAUUGGUAUGGGAGACAUAGCAAAAGAGGACAUCUUCAAAUGGAUUUCAAAUGAGCCAAAAAUUGAUAAUGCGGCUAUGGUCUUGGCAAGAAUAAUGGAUGACAUUGCUUCGAACGAGUUUGAACAUGAAAGAGAUCACAUUCCCUCGUUUUUGGAAUGCUAUAUGAAGCAAUACAAUGUCUCUAGGGAAACUGCCCUUCAAGAAGGUCAAAGGAGAAUUUAUGAUGCUUGGAAAGAUAUUAAUAACGAAUGUCUUAGGCCAACUCAAGUUCCAAUGCCUAUUCUGAUGCGUAUUAUAAAUCUCUCACGUUUUAUGGAUGUGGUUUAUAAAGAUAAAGACAACUUCACGGAUCCUAAAGGAGAAAUGAAAUCAUUCAUUAAAGCUAUGCUCGUAGAACCAGUACCAAUUUGAACAUUAUUGAGUUUACCGUUUCAAAUCGUUAUAUUUCUAUUUAAAUAAAGAAAACAUGACAUGUAUGGUGUUUUUUUUUUUUUUCUUUUGAAAGUUUGUGUUCAAUGUAUAAGCGUGUUAUUUAUUUAUUUGCAUUACUAACAAUUUUCUCAUGAGUAUUAAUAUUGGCUAGAUCAUUAUUAUGCAUCGACCACUUA